UGACACCUGACACUGCCUGUCUGCACCUGGACCUCAGCGACCGUUUUAGAAACGCAAGGAAUAAGAAUAACAUCGGCCGGGUGGCCGACAGGGGGGCGGAGUGUUUCGAAAUAGUGAUCUGAAGAGAAAGACAUGGGUUUAAGGCUGCGAACGAGUGAAACAUUUAGGAAAAUCUGGUAUCUUCGCAUUCGCCUAAGUAAAUUCAGGACAGCUCGACACCCAGAACGGGAGCACACUGCAAACGGACUUAGUUUUCUGUAAUAAUGUUGUAGUUACACUAAAGAAACGAAUACGUAAUAUGUAAAAAUAUCGAAUCGUGUAUUUAUUAUUGUCUAUCGCGCAUUUCCAGUUUGUUGUUUUAUUCAACCUGGUGAGAUUAAGGCCGCACUUGAACUCCGCAGGGUCCUUUCGGUCUUGGAAUCGGAGACGUACAGAGAAGCAAUCGCCUUGCAGUGGUCACGGGAGACCGGGGAUUAAAGGUUUUUGGCUCCUCACUUUUUUGGUGAAGAUGACUAAUUUGAUUGGCAGGAUCUAAUAUUAGUGUCAUCAUGACUGCACAACCUCCUGGUUCCUCUCCGGAAAGAAUUAAAGCUGGAAGUGGGACAGACUAAUGGAGCACCUACUUAUUGUACACAAAGGUUGACCAGUCAUUGGGAAUUGGACAUCGACCAUACAAGCUCUGCCAAUGAGAUGGAGCUGUCCCAGGCAGACUACCCAAAUGAGAAUGCAGGAUUUAUGCAAAGAUGCGUGAUCAUCCAAAGGGAUCAGCAAGGAUUUGGUUUCACUGUGUGUGGAGAUCGGAGAGUACUUGUUCAGCAUGUAAGGCCUGGUGGAGCAGCAAUGAAAGCUGGAGUCCAUGAAGGCGACAGAAUAAUUAAGGUUAAUGGAUUACUAGUAUCUUCAAUGACUCAUCAAGAGAUGGUACGGGUUAUUAAAGCUGGUACCUAUGUUGCACUCACUCUGCAAGACCCACAGGACUCGUCCUUUUCUACCAGCAUAGCACCUAUUCUAGAUCUUCAACAGGUUGGAUCAAAUGGUGCAAUUCCUUCUCUGCAUCUUUCUCCACCUACUCCUACAACCUUUGCAGAUGUUCCCCAAGUCAGUGUACAUAGGCCUCGACAGGAAAACUUGAGUUCCAGAUCAAGUGAGUCUUCUGAUGGACAGCAAACAGCUGAGUCAGGUCACCUCUCAGUGGACUUACAGUGUGUGGAAAAUCAGGUAUUAAGAACAUCUAUUAUUGGUCCAGAAGAAAAUGAAGAUGAGGAGGAUGCAAAUCUUGAGGGUGGUCCAUUUCAAGAUGUAGAACGAUUAAAAUCUCAUCCUGCACAUAUGAUUGUGUUCAUGAGAUAUAUCUUCAGCCAGCUACUGAAUCCCAAUCCUUUGUUGUUCUUUCUCUCAGCUGAUGCCUACCUCAGUGCCAGCGUAAAGGACACCCAUUCAUUGGCACAACAAAUAUAUGCAAGUUUUCUUGGAAAUGAUGCACCAUUAAAAAUUCCAUUAUCCGAAGAACUUGGUUCAGAUAUUGAGAGCAGAGUGGAAGCACAGGAAGACAUCAUUGGAGCUCUGUCAGAAAUUCAAAAGCAAAUUUUACCCAGCAUUAAUAGACAAAUUCAAGACUACAGGAGCAAGCAGAUGAUCGGGCUUGGCCAUUUAUUUGGUGAAGGGGAUCUUCAAGAACUAGAAGAUGACCCAGCAAAAGAGAAGCAGAUUAUUGACCGACAAGUUGCUGCUCUGUGGGAUAUUCUGUGUAAACAUGAAGACCGUAGUUCCCCAAUGACCUCUGCGGUUAUUCUCUACCUGAGACACUAUGGUGUUAAAGUAAAGGAUUCCAGACUCUUAAUGAUGUUGAACCAGUCACAUGAGAAGGAGAAGUGGUCGUCAUUCUUUCCAAAACCAAAAAAGGUCAGUACUGCAAAGAAGGAGAGAGAAAAAGAAGGAAGUGAGGACAAGAAGAAAAAACUCAUUUUAAAAUAUAUUCCCAAGCCUAAGAUCCCAUCGCAGUCCAAUUUAAAUGUGGAAAUGCUACAAAGGAAGAACACACAGGAGUAUGGCCAGUGGAUUAGGAAGAAAGCCAAUGAUGCUGACAGAGAUGAUGAAAAUAAUCAAAAACUGGUAGACUACCAACAAAAGCUGGAUUUAUCUCAGUUGGAAAGAGUGUCCCACCCUGCUGUAGCACAACUCAAGAAACUGGAUCUGACCACUAAGAAAAUGAUCCAUGAAGGCCCUUUACUUUGGAGAGUGAGGAAGGACAAAAUAAUCGAGCUCCAGGCUCUCUUGCUGGAAGAUCAGCUUAUUCUUUUGCAACGUGUAGAUGACCGAUUUGUUUUACGCUUUCGUACUAAAUAUGUGGAAGGUGGCAGAUCAGACUUAAAAACGGUCUUUAGUCCUGUUAUUAAUCUUGAUUCAAUAUUGGUCAGAUUGGUUGCUACUGAUGCAAGAGCUCUGUUUGUCAUCAGUACAUCAGAAAGUCAGAUUUAUGAGCUGGUGGCUGGAACUUUAUCAGAAAAAAAUUUAUGGAAAAACUUACUUGAAGAAGCUGCCCAUCAAGCAUCUAAUAAGCCAUGUGCAUCGUCGGUCGGGUCAACUGAUCUGGAUCUUAAACCAGAAUCAUCUGAAACAGAAGUUGAUGUCUCUUUAAAAGGUGCUAUUUUCUCAGGACUCAGCACAGAGUUGCUAUCCUCAUGUUUAUGUGAGAAAGGAAUAGCUGACAGCGCUUUGCUUGAGGUUGAGAAACUUCGGCAAUUAAUUCUCUGGAGUGCUGACAACAGUAAGAGCUCUGACAUUCAGCAAGUAAGCGUAACUGAAGAUACCAAUGAAACAGUGAGUGAUUCCUUCCAAAUGUCACAGUCCACAUGUGCAAAGGACAGGACAAGCCACAACACUACUAACACCUUGCAAGAUCCUCACAGUACAGAGAGAGAACAGAGUAUUAAGGCUGUCCGUAAAGGAAACUUCUUUUACCUGGUGAUGGUACCAUGUCCUGAAGAAACCAGUAGAGAUGGAGCUGAUUUGAGCAACUCACCAAAACAUGAGUGUCAAGAAAAUGAAAAACUUUCAUUUUCCAAGGAGAACAAUGAGGACUAUGCAGAAUUUAACAACCUGCACAAACAACUUAUUCAACCGGAGACAAAACCUGAAAACCAUGUUAUUCACAGCAUUGAGAAAAUAUUUCAAGCUAUUGAAAACUUAACACUCAAGCUAGAAAAGCUAAAGAACAUUGAACUUGCACACUUUCAGUUGCUAAAAAACCUGUCAGCCUUCUCUGUGAGUGCACAUCAUCAGUCUCAAGAGAUGUCAUCUUUGAUGCCACUUGGCGUUGUUACUCAGUCCUGUCAAAGAGGUGCAGGAGAUGGCAAAGAAGAUAAUGCAGAAGAAAAUGAGCAAAUGAAGACCUGACCAACAGGAUUGUGAUUUUCUUUUUCUAUUGAAAUUAUUUUUAAAGACAGAAAAUUGACUCAGUUUUGCACAUUCUUGCAAUGACACAACACAGCAGCUUCUUGAUGGAUGUAGAAACGUGUAUUCAAGUGUCAGAGUAUCUGCAAUACUUAAUCACAUGAGCCUUAAGGAACAUGCUGAUAUUGAAAUGUCUAUGAACACACACAUUUCUCAUAUCGCACAAGAUUUAUUUUAAACAUAGGUUUAGAUUAUUCCUAGAGCACCAAGUAGUCUACUGUGAAUUCAUUAAAAUCACUCAGUUAAUACUUUAGCAAAUGACCACACAUGCUCAGUGGAGUUUGCAUAGCAUUCUGCUGCUAUUUUCUGUUGUUUCCUAAUAUACUUUGGAAAUAACAUGCAACUUCUUAUUUUCCAAUGGACAACUUUUCAGACUGGAGUCUGCUCCUUAUCUUAAAUUUAAUUCUUUAGAUUUUUAAUUUUUCACAUUAAAAUUUGACAGUUUUUAAUACUCAUUAAGUACCCAAACCAGUAAUUUUAUAGUAAUACCAUGUAAUUUUAACAUAAGCCUUUAAUCAAAUGUAAUAUUUAUCAGUUUUUGGGGAUGUUUUUAUUUUUAGAAUAAUCACAUUUUUAUUUAUUUUUGCAUGCUGAUUUUAGGGUUGACAUACCUGAGUUAGAUAUAAAAAUAUGAACGAUUACAAAUGCCUGUAUUUGUUGACUGUAGAAUGUAUGCACAUUUUGUUUCAAGAAUCCCAGUGACUUUUCUUGAUUUCUUGAAUUAUGUAUAUGAAAUUACAUACUUAACAUUGUGAUUUCUGUUGAUUUUAUGUAUACUGUAUUUAUAUUUUGGAUAAUCUUAUAGUAUGACAAUUUCACAUUAUUUUUUGGUAUGACAUUCUACAGUUUGGUAGAUCAUUUUUAAAUACAGGAGAUCCAAGCCAUAAUAUGAUGUUCACACCUAAGUGCUAGCUAUCGUUAAUUGAAACUGGAGCUCUAAAAUCAGGGGUGGCUGACAAUCAUCGGUAAUAAGAGUUUACCGCUUGUGUUAUCUGUUGAGUUUCUGGCAUAUGAUUAUUACUGGAGCAAAGGUUUGUACACUCAGUUUAAAUAUACCGAAUAUGGCUGCAUUCAGCCAUGGUCAUUAUGCAACUAGAGUUAGAAAAUAGUCUUUUAUAUUUUGUUUUUAAGUACUCGUGUGUAUAAGGACCCCAGUCAUGGUAUUGUCCAUAAUUAAAAUGUGUUGCGUAUAAUUUAUAUUAACUAAAAAAUGGGUCAUCUGCAUUUUUACUACACCAUUUCUAUUAACUACACUUGCUCCAAGCACUCUAUAUUACACGAAAAAGAUUACUCUAAGUCCAGUAUGACCAUUUUGUUAUUUCUGUGUAAGAACCACAGGAAAGAAUCCUGCCAGCUGUUAUCUGUAGGUUCUAUCGAUGACAGUAAUUCACAUUUCAAUAUCAAAUCAGAGUGUCCUAAUGUGAUUAAUCUGCAGGAUUCAGUAGUAGCGUACUAAUAGUAAAAAAAAAAAAAAAAAAAAAAAAUGUCAACAAGUAGACUGAUAAAUUCAAAGUUUUAAUUGGCGGAAGUAAACAAUACCAGAAUAGUGCCGCAAUAAAUCUUUCUAAUUUGGUGGUUUCAUUUUUUUUGGAAGUAAACUGUCUUCCUCCAGGAAAUAUAUAAAAGUGCAAUUGGUACUUGUAAAUAUUUCAAAUGUGAAUACGGGUAGGAGUGUAUGAUAAGACACUUAAACACUUUAUUUUUUCUUUAAGAUUCAGUUGUCUUUUGAGGUAGUGUAUGCUAUCUGUUUUUCCAACUAUUGCAGGUCUUGUACUUUGCGACCUUCAUAUGCUGCAAAACCUUGAUGAUCACAUACACUAUAUAAUGGAUGGCAGUGGUGCUUUUGUAGCACUUCACCAGUAAAGUCACAUUGCUCUGAGCUUAAUAAAUUACAUUUCCAUCAUGUUGUUUGUCACUAGCAAUUGGUUCCUAUUGAGAAGCCCUGAAAGCCUCCAAGCUGUGGGCUUUUUAAUUCCCUUAGUGUAGCACGAUUUUCGAGUGCAUGUAAAUUUUAAAAAAAGCAGUUUAAAAAAUGUAACUGGAAGAAAAUGUUAUCACCAGCUUAACUGUUUUAAAGUUGCUAGACUAGACUUCUUCACGCAAAACAAAUGAUCAAGCUAGUCUCGAUAAUAUAUGUCUGGAGACAGGCACGAGUGAAUUUUGGUUAAAGGUGAGUGGGAACCAUUAGAUGGCUCACUGUGUGUCGCAUUUCUAAACCAACCCAAUGUCUCGUGAAGGCAGACCACAAAGUAGAGGUGGUGAUUUCAAACUGCAAAGAUCAGAGGUGCUCUUGUCAACCUGAUCCGACAGACAGCAAACUUCUAAUUACAAAGAACUGUCUACAGUUGAAAAAAUAUCCUCAAAAAAUUCUUUUAGACAUAGAAGUGUGUUUUGCAUGUACAGACAGCACAGUUGCACGUUUUAAAAAUAAACGUAACCUGUUGCAAGAGAAAAACCAUUCUGUAGCAUCAGAUUAAACACUGACAUUCGACAGCAUCAAUGGAAAAACGGUAAACGUGAACGAUAUGUUGUUGCAGGUGCUGCAUGUGCUCUCUGUUGUUCACUGUUAACAUGAUAGUGGAGGA